AUGUCCUCCAUCUCUGAUGACCAAUUACAGCAAUGCAUCUUUGAUGCCUUGGAGGCUCCAUGCAAACAGGCACAGCCGCAAGUAAAGCGAAGCUGUUGCAACAAGAAAAGACAGGGGAAGCAAAGGACUGCCCGCAAUAAGAGUGUCUCAUCAUCUGUAUCAUCAGUCUCAUCAUCAACAUCAUCCAGAGGCCAGUUAGAUCCUCAUGACAUUCUCUACAUUUUGGAGACCUAUGCCAAUGCAGAUGAUGGCAGUGCUGACCUGUACCUGAAGUGCCUGAAGCAUGCUCCCCAGUCCUCAUAAUUCAUCAGCCCCAUCUGCCAUGCCUGCACAACUUGGGAAUCUCGCGCAUCAGAGGUAGCCAAGACAAGAAAUUUGAUACUAGAUCUGAUACAUAAAAG